GAAAGCGUCAGUGGUUAGUGUUACCACCUACAAUACCGAUAAAUAUAAGCUGGACUUUUUGACAGGCUUUAUCAUUUGGUCGGACAGAAAACACUCCUUAAUUUGCGUGCAUCAGUCAGCCAUUGAUACGAAGAAGACACUGUAUGUUCAUCUCACUGAUGGGACCAUUGAGAAGGCGAGCAUGGUUCAGAGGUCUCCUUCUCCAUCAGGCCACGUAGUGCUGAUGACAACCACAGAAUCUGGUCAAGCACGGAAAACUGUUUCUUUCCGUACCACUGAGGCAAUGAGAGAGGAUAUAUUUGUAAUCGCCGAGGUUGAGGGUGGCUAUAGAGGAUUUAAUAUGCUAACUGGCACGAUCAUUUCCCCAAGCUGCAAGUCAAAAGAUCCACAAUCAGGAGAAGUGAUUCUAGGGAGUGAGCACAGGUUUGCACUGAGUUGUGCAGCCGCAAAUAUUAUUGGUGCUGCAGUUUUUGAUUUUAAUUGUCUUCUGGUGGGAACAGUCAGUGAAUUCGAUGAUGUUUCUUAUGAUUUGAACUAUGCACUGCAAUCAUGCCAUUGGGUGAAACAACUGGAGGAGUCAUUGAAAGCUGUAAACUCAAAAAUUUCAUUGUCAAAGGAUAUGAAGAUCAACAUUCUUGAAACAAGGAAGAGGAAGCGGAACAUUUCAAAAGCAUAGGCGUGCACAGGACGACGCCACGCCACCGUUUUGCCGGCGCCUGGUACUCGCUGAUCAUUCGCUGCAGCACGCCCCUCCGGCUUAGCACCGGGAGCAACCACGGUGCCACUAGCUCUAAUCCAUCACUCCAUCAGCUGGACCAGCUUAAUACAAUCCGAUAUUUUACUACAUGCAUGUCGAUUACUGGUUUGUUUAGGGAUCCGCGCUAACCUUUUGGUGGUAAAAUGGCAUUUCUCCUCUCUCUCUCUCUCUCUCUCUUGUCCAGGGAGACAUACUACUUCGACAAAACAUCAUCUCUAAGCUCCGUCGUGCAUCUACUGGUGAUCUUCAUAAUUAAGAUGAGGGGCUCAUUUGGAUUGGAGGAUUUUGUGGUAAUUUUGGAGUAUUCAAAUUCUUAGAAACUAUUACCCCAAGUCCAUAAUAGGAAAACAAACAUAAGAUCAAAUCUCAUGUCUUUAUUUUGCUUUGAGAAUUUCAAUGCACUUCCUCUCUAUGCCCCAUGCAAAUUCAUCUGAGAUUCCUGUGUUUAAAUUUUUGCGAACAAUCCUAUGGGAUUCGAUGGA